AUGGUUAUCUCGGCCAAAGCAUCUUCAUCGCUGUCGCCGGAGCACUCCUCUGGCUCAUCUUCGUCUAAUCGCUUCGUCUCUCGAUCAAAACUCUUCUUGAAUAUAAAGGAUGGAUGUACGAGUCACCCGGAAAACCAGUCUCGAAAGCCACGAAACUCUGGCUUGGCGUCUUGCACAUCAUCUCAAAAGCGGGGGCCAAUGCUUCACUGGUUCCAAGGAGCUCUGCCACGUCUUCCACUUCCAAACCUGGAUAAAACCAUGAGAAAACAUCUUCUCUCCAUGAAACCGAUCCUCAGUCACGACGAGUACCAAGAGCUGGAAUUCUUCUCCGAACGAUUCCGCAAGGGAGUUGGACGCCGUCUUCAGAGAUAUCUCACUCUCAAGUCAUGGUUCUCUUCCAACUACGUCACCGAUUGGUGGGAGGAGUUCGUUUACAUGAGACAGCGCUCGCCCAUCAUGAUCAACUCCAACUACUACAGAUUCGACACGUUGAAUGAGACGAAGAAUCAAGCUGCUCAUGCCGCCAUUUUGACUUACACUUCCCUUCAACUCCGUCGAAUGGUUGAUCGUCAAGAAGUAUCGCCAUUCUCGAUCUCUCCAAGGACGAAAGAUCCGUUCUGUACCAUGCAAUACGAGAGACUGUUGAACAGUUGCCGUGUGCCAGGAGAGGAAGUGGACCGCCUUCUUCAUUGGGAUGAUGCGAAACAUGUCGCCGUUUACUGCAGAGGAGUCUGGUUCAAGCUCGUCGUUCACAACGGAAAAUUGAUAAAAAACGCACAUUUCUAG